AUGAAAGAGAAGAAUUUCUUUUCUGUUUUGUGGACCAUUGUAGAUCAUGAAGGUGUCAGUGGAUUGAUGAAAGGAAGUUUAGUUAGAGUUUUUGAUACACUUUCCACAACUUUUCUCACAUCAACCAUUAGACCUUCAAUUGAAACAGCUCUCGGUCAAUCAAGCAAUUUAAUAGAACCUUCCUGUAUCGUUACCUCAAGUAUUCUUCUCUAUCCUUUACGAAUUCUAGUCAGACGUUUACAAUCUCAAACAGCUCUCGAUGAAAAGCAAUCACCACUUGCAAAGUUUUCCUUAAUUCUCAAAAAGGAAGGUCCUUCUUCUUUCUAUUCUGGAUUUCCAUUCUUCAUUCUCUUGACCUUCAUUCAUCAUUUGACCCAGCUCUCUAUUCAAAAUACUUUACAAUAA